AUGUCACAUCUUAUCCUCGGCACAGCGCCAGCAACUCCUCUCUCGUUGUUGCCGUCCAGCCUGCAGCCACAGCGGCACGCAGCCUCUCUCGGAUCCUCUUCCCUCUCACCUAGUGCUCCUCCCGGCAACGCGGCCCUUGUCCCCGUUUUGCGUGACGCCGAUGAUGAAGCGCUCUCGCCUCACCCGCCCACAACUGGCAGCAGUCCAUUAACGAUACGAUACCCAUUCGCUGUGGAAUACUGGAAGGACAGAGAAGCUGUGGUGUACUCCAUGGACGAGCAGCCCCUGGGGCUUGUCCGCCUGCCUGGCGUAGCAUUCAAUGUACCCGUGCGUUUAGACAUCCUGCACAGGGUUGUCCGCUACUUGCGCGCAAAAUGGCAGCAGGGCACGCACAAGGCGAAGCGGCGCGGUGAGGUGAGCGGCGGCGGCCGCAAACCGCGGCCGCAAAAGAAGACCGGUCGUGCGCGGCAGGGAUCGAUCCGCUCACCGCUGUGGAAGGGCGGAGGCGUGUCGCAUGCACCGCUGCCGCGCUCCCACGCACACAAGCUGCCUCGCAGCGUGCGGCUACUGGGCAUGCGUUGUGCAAUAACUGCGAAGAUCCACGAGGGUCGUUUCUUUGUCGUGGACAAUUUUCUGCGGGUUCCCGGACCUUCGGGAUCCAGCAGCGCCGGCAGCGCUUCCAACAGUGUGAAUGCUUUGGGCGAGCAGGUCCGGGUUCGGGACUACUCUGAGUUAAAGCAGCGACUUGCCCGCGUAACAGCGGGGAGCUUCGGCUCCACCUGGCUGUUGGUAGACAGCGGGGAAGCGGGCCGAGAUGGUGGUGUGCAGCUGCGCAAGUGGCUCAAGGGGCGAAUGGUUAUGGAGGUGCUGGCGCCGGAGCAGCUUACGGUUUACCACGUGCUUAAGUAUCACCGCCUGGUGGUCACGCGGGCGGCGCUGGAAAGUUUAGCAGAGCAGCUCACGAAGCCGCACCGGGUACGGAAACCUGCUAAGCUAGCGUGGUGGUUGCGGCGCAAGGAGCAACUAGAUACGGUAGUGAGGGAGCUGACCGAGGCGGCUGAUCGGUCUCGAUGA